AGCGGCAAGCCGGCUUUGGGGCUGCGGCUUUAUUUGUAGUCGCCCGAGUCCGCUGAACUCCGAUUGCAAAAGAGGCGGCGGGUGGGCGGGCCGAGCCAGGUAUCCAGCCAGCCAGGAGCCCUGGGCGAGGAGGUGACCGCAUGCACAAAGUCGCCGCCGCCGCCGCCACCGCCGCCUAGGCUAGGCUGCAAAGCGGUCAGCAGUUCCUUCCCGCCCGCGGCCUCCGCCUCUUCUUUGCGGCUUGCAAGAAGGCUCCUCCGGCAGUCGGAGCCCGGCCUCCCCGCUGGUGCGGCAGCAUUGCAAAUGGCCAGCCCUGGCUGCCAGCCGAUGGAGGAGCCCAGCCAGCCGCCGCGAGACUCCCCGCAGCCCGAACCCGCGUUGGCCGAAGCGCAGAAGUGGAUCGAGCAAGUAACGGGGAAAAACUUCGGAGACAAAGACUUUCGGUCUGGACUAGAAAAUGGCGUUCUGUUGUGUGAGUUGCUGAACACCAUAAAACCUGGAUUGGUCAAAAAGAUCAACCGAUUGCCUACUCCCAUUGCGGGUCUGGACAACGUCGCCCUGUUCUUACGAGGCUGCAAGGAACUUGGCCUGAAGGAAUCACAGCUUUUUGACCCGGGAGACCUGCAGGAUGCGUCGAACCGAGCAACGGCCAAGAAUCUUGAUGGUAGCAGGAAGCUGAAAAAUGUUUUAAUCACCCUAUAUUGGCUUGGGAGAACUGCAAACAGCAGCACUUCAUAUAGCGGAGCAACGCUGAACCUGAAGGAGUUUGAGGGAUUGCUAACCCAGAUGAGAAAGGAGACUGAGGAUGUCGAGAGCCCCAAACGCAACAUCCGUGACAGUGGCUAUGUAGACUGUUGGGACACGGAACGGAGUGAUUCUCUUUCUCCCCCUCGCCAUUGCAGAGAUGAUUCUUUUGACAGUCUGGAUUCCUUUGGCUCUCGCUCCCAGCAGACACCGUCUCCAGAUGUGGUGCUGAGGGGAAGUAGUGAUGGGAGAGGAAGCGACUCUGAAUCUGACCUGCCACAUCGAAAGAUUCCAGACAUGAAAAAAGACGAUAUGUCUGCCCGGCGGACCUCCUAUGGUGAACCCAAAUCAGUUGUGCCUUUUAACCAAUACCUCCCCAACAAGAGUAACCAGACUGCCUAUAUACCGGCUCCUCUUAGGAAGAAGAAAGCCGAACGAGAGGAGUUUAGGAAGAGCUGGAGCACGGCUACUUCUCCUCUAGGAGGAGAGAGACCUUUCAGCAAGAGCCAUCCUGAAACGAUAGAAGAAGAACAAAGCGAACAGCUGGCCCAAUCUGAAGAGGAAUCCCUGAGCGAUGGAGGCGCCCCUGUUCAGACCGACCGAAGCUUAGCUGCCACAGACUCUUUCACUUUGUCUCCGGCUCAUUCCGCAAACAAAACGGCCGGGCCCAGAAACUCUGAGAAAGAUCCCCAAGAGCUCGGAAAGUUAAGACGGCUUGAACAGGCCGGUAUUAAAAUUGUGCCAGCGGCACAACGCUACGGCAGCAGUCAAACGCACGUGUGUGAGACAGGUGACCCAACUCCAGACAUUAUCCUCCGCAAAGAGAACCCCUUUAUCUUGUGCUAUCAACGAAAGGAUCCUGGCUCUGAAGAUGAACAAGAGGAGAGAAUCCCUGAUCUAGAGAAGGACGAUUUUGCUGUGCGGAGAGCAAAACUAAAUCAACCCAAACAUACGUUGCCUUUUAGCCUGAGUCUGCUGGGACCCUAUCCAAAGAAAGAGCCAGGUAAACUGGAAGAAGGAAAGAAGCAGAAGACGAAGCAGGAAACGGCAAGCGGGAACAAGGCUUCCUCAAAGCCCAUGGCGUUGCAUGAAGAGAGACCUUUCCUGCAGCCUCAGGUUGAUGAGCCUAAGGCAAAAGGUGCAGCGGAACAUCAGAGUGUUCAAGUGAAGGACCGGUCUCAACAGAGAUCCCAGGUUACCCUCUCUCAACUAGACUUGUCAAUACUUACAAAAGGUUCUAUAACACAAGAGGACAAGGAGACGUGGGAUCGGCUGAAAGUUUCAGGAAAGACCAGUGAUGAGGAUCUGAUGGACACUCAAGAUUAUUUUCUAUCCUCUGAAAAGUCAGUGGAGGCUGCCAGCCAUAAUGAUUUUGCAGGCCACAAAGCAAGAAUGUGCAAGAAGGCCACCAGCCCCAGGCAGAGGGUUGUGCAUUUUGGGCCUGUGACAGAAAUUGACCAUCAGGAGCAGGAGAAAGUUUCCAUUGCUAGUGCGGCGACUAAAGAUGACCUUGAAGAGGAAGCCAAUAGGGAAAGAGCUGACACUCUUGAGACUUCAUGCUCUGGGAGCCAUGUUGAGUCCACUGGCAAUGAUGAAACACGUAGACCACACUUUGAUGCCAGCAAAAUCACAUGGUCCAAUACGGAUGCAGAUAAUUCACCCAUCUCAGAUGUUUGUGCCGGUUCCCAGAAGCAAACAUCCAGCAGUUUGAAUGAAUGGCGUGAAAGCAGUGACGAAGAGUUGGAUGGUAGCUUCCCAGAUAUUGAGAGAGAUGACAUGCUGGCUAGGAGAUUUGGAACGUUUCAGAAACGUACUAGUCCUGUUCACACGUCUUAUCCUCCUGUUUUAGUAGCUGGUUAUCAUUCAUUGAAACAGCAAGGACACACUGAUCUUUGGAAGAGUUCGCACAAACCAGAAAGAAGUUCCCCGUUGACUUGCGUAACUCAACCUUUCCGUGGAACACCUUCCCCUGUGUCUGUAAGUGCCACUGUAACAUGUGAAGAUGACCAUGGGAAAUCAGAAGUUCACGAUGAGUGCAAGAAUGAUCCAAGAGGUGACAAAAUGGGAGUUAGAAAUCCUGGGAAAGAUGACAUGAUGGUGAGAAGAACCAUAGCUUUUUCCAAGCAAACUGAACCUGAUGUUAGACGGUUCCUGCCGGUUCCUUUCUCAAAGCAGCAGAAUGGUGAGGCGACAACCAAACAGCUUGUAAAGACUGAACAGAAAGUGAAGAGAUUCGGCUCAAGAACUCCUGUGUCUGAUGACGCAGAGAGCGUGAGCAUGUUUGACAUGAGGUGCUCGGACGAGGCUGCCGUGAUGCAGCCACAUAGCAAAGCUCGCCACGAGAAACUGCAGACCAUCCACCACCAACUGAAGGAAGAUGAGGAUCAGUGGCAAGAUGUGAGUAGGAGACGGGUGCAGGUAGACAAACCCGAGCCUUUCCAAGUGCGAUUCGGACUAAGCCCCAUGCUGGCAGGGGCUGAUGGGAAUUGUAAGCUUAGUCGUUUCAUAGCAAUCUUCCUUCUGUUGUUCCACACCAGAGAGAAGCGCGAGAAAGAGCUGCAUGAGGCAUACAAGAAUGCCAGAUCACACGAAGAGGCGGAGAACAUCCUCCAGCAAUAUAUCGAGAGAUUCACCAUUAGCGAAGCUGUUCUUGAGCGCUUGGAGAUGCCAAAAAUUCUGGAGAGAAGCCAUUCUGCCCAGCCAAACUUGACAUCCCCACCUAAUGACCCAAACCCUCUAAGAUACUUACGGCAACAGUCACUCCCUGCCCCCAAAUUCACUGCCAGGGUAGAGGCGACCAUUGUUCCCACCAGCAUAUUGGAAGCCAGCGUUUCAUCAGGCCGUACCUCUCCGAGCAAACCUUUUGUCUCCAAGACCCUGCCUAUGCUGACACCCAAGCCUUACUCACAGCCUAAAAACACACAGCAGGUUUUGAAAAGCUUUAAGAUAGAUGGGAAGGUCAGCAUGAACGGAGACACUUUCAAUGGAGUAGAAGAGGAAAAAGAGAAAGAAUGCACCGCAUUCAUAUUUGCCCCUUCCCCAAGUCGAUCGCCAAAGCCUGACGGGGUGGUAGAAGCUGAUGGCGCUUUGGAGGUGAAGCCAGACUCCUCUAGCACUGAGCUAAUUCUGAAGAGGCUCCUUGAGCACAGCCAGCUCGGAGAGCAAACCGGCUCCCUGUUUAAAGAAGUUAAACAAGCCAACCAAAAAGAUGGAAUGGGUUCAGAAGAAGCAUCUCCAGCGGAGUUAACUUCGGAUCGUAAAGAUUUCAGCGCAGCCGCUUCAUGUGCCGGUCCUACAGUAGCCACUGUGGAAUUCUCCUCCCUCAGUAACCACUCCAAGGAGAUGGGGUCAAAUGAACUGAAGGAACCCGAGGCGCCAGGUGUUCAGAAGGUCAUGCCCUUGGAAGCUCCUGAACAAGUUGGGAGCAUCGUAUAUCGGUCUCUGAACAAGACUCCUGAAAUGAGCCAAGCUGUUUUGCAGAAUUCUACCUUUCUAGCCAACACUGAAAGCAAUGAGAAGUCAAGCCGUUUUGGUGGCUGGUCUUGGGAUCCUGAAGAAGAACGGAAGCGACAACAGCGAUGGCAAUAUGAACAGGAACGCUUACUUCAGGAAAGGUAUCAGAAAGAGCAGGACAAGUUGAAAGAAGAAUGGGAAAGGGCCCAAAAAGAAGUAGAAGAGGAGGAGCGCAGAUACCACGAGGAGGAACGCAGGAUCAUUGAGGACACUGUGGCUCCAUUCAUGGCCACUUCAAACUCCACCGAACCCUUGUCCACGUUCUCCUCUGUGACCGAUGCAAAUGGGGCUAUGAACGUGCUAGAUGCGAGCAACUCUGAAGAGAUCGAUCAGCAAAUGGAAGACAAAACAUCGAAGAAAGGGCUUUGUGGACAGGAAGACAUGCCCUUUUCAAAAAACAAAGAGUAUGAAGGGUGGAAGGAAAAUAUGAGCAUAAAUAAACUUGGCUAUCUAGAAGCAAGUCAUCCGAGAGGAAGUGAGCCGGAUAAUCUGACAGCCGUGCUAGGGUGCAAACCUCCAACCAGAUUGACUUUGCCAUUAUGUCAGGAAGUGCCACAGACUCCACAGUUAUUAACUAAACAGAGCCCACAUUUCUCAGACACAAGACAGCAGACUUCACCCUCGGAGAAUAAUUUAGGUUUGCCAGACAGUUCCAUGAAAGAAAUUAGGAGGGCACGCUGUCAAGAGAGUUUCCGGACUGAACCACAAUCGCCAUGUUCUCUGGCAGUGCAAAGCCAGUCACUCAACAGGUCUGUCAGUGGAAGGAAGCUCUGCUCUAGCUGUGGACAGACUCUGGGGAAAGGCGCAGCCAUGAUCAUUGAGACCCUUAGUCUUUAUUUCCAUAUCCAGUGCUUCAGGUGUGGAAUUUGUAAGGGUCAGCUUGGAGACGCAGCCAGCGGCACAGACGUCCGGAUUAGAAACGGUCUUCUCAAUUGCAACGAUUGUUACAUCAGAUCCAGAACUGCUGGUCAGCCAACAACUUUGUGACAUGGAUCUUUGUCUUGCUUAUAAAAGUACUCUGCAAGAAGGAAGGUCAUGACUGCUCCUACGGCUGCUUCUGGACAAUCACUCAUAAGAGCUUCUCCCCACAGACUUUGCGGCUCUCGUCUCAUCUUGAAAGGCUGGCAUAAAAGAUUACAUCAGCUCCUUUCCAAUGCAAUACCUAUUUUCCUUCCUUAAUUCACUUGCAUUAUGUGUAUGAGGUGCAUCUCUGGACACUUAGCUCCCUUUCAUCCCACGAGGCGCGCUCUGGGCUGUCAGUGAUGCGUGGAUGCAGAGCCUGCUGUUUUUCUUUUUUCUUUUUUUCUUUUCUUUUUUGGCAAGUAACAAGGAAAUAAAGAUGCAAUAAAAUCUGCUCUGUUUUAAUACAACUAGGAACCGGGGUGUUUUACGUUUACACAACCUUUGUAGAUGUUCUGUAAUAUGCCAACGUAUUAAUCUAUUUAGGUGCAUUUGGGGGGGGGGAAACGAGCAUCAUAAAAAGUGACUUUUCUGUUUAUUAUUAAAGCGGUAACUUGUGUUUUUUUUAUAUACAAAGACACUACUUUGAUAAAACAUACUGUAAUUCUACGACGUUUUACUAUAUUACCUUCAGUGGAGGGUAGGAAUUCUAUGAAUAAAUUAUUGCUUUAAUCAA